UGAAUACAUGCUAUUUGAGUACCGUGUGCAUUAGUAACGCAAUAACUGGUGUCAUGUGAUAUAAACUAUGUUUUUCGAAGAAACAAGUUUAGUUUAUUUGUCGAGAAGUCUUUAUUCAGUUGACUAUUAUACUGUCUACAAUUCUACCUGACCUCAACCAGUGUUUUACUCACCUCAAUAUUACGUUUUUAGUUGGUUCGACCAAUGCCACCGGACUAUGUAAUCAAUCAAUACUAAUCCAUAAAGGAAUUACGACACAGCUUAAGAAUAGAGGUUAAUGUUGCCAGGUGAUAUCCCAAAAUACUGAAAAAAGUAAUUUAUUUUGAUUGGUUAUUUACAGUUUUUAGUUGGUUCGACCAAUGCCACCGGACUAUGUAAUCAAUCAAUACUAAUCCAUAAAGGAAUUACGACACAGCUUAAGAAUAGAGGUUAAUGUUGCCAGGUGAUAUCCCAAAAUACUGAAAAAAGUAAUUUAUUUUGAUUGGUUAUUUACAGACAUAUUACUUGAUCCUAGAAGUUUAACACUACGUAUAUUGAAAGCCACAAGUCCAUCAAUUAAACAGUCUACCACCACCUGAAAUCUCUUGUAAUUUUUGGGCAGAUCUGAUAUGGCGAAAAUGUUUGCUUGCAUCAAAGUUUUUAACAGUUUCAAAUAAACAGAUAACUAUGGCAUACUCACUGGAAACAAGCAAGAAAAAAAGUGAACGAAGUCACAUGCUCAUCGAUGAAAUGAACAUAUUACAAAACGAAUACCAAGAGAGCCCACCCAAUGCUGAGGGGAGAAACGUUAUACCUAGAAGAGAGAAGGGGAAGAUGUCACCUGAAGAUGAACAUAGAAUAAUAUCUAACUAUACGUAUUUAACAGAGAAUCUGAGUCCUCUACAACCAUUAUUAGACAGUUUGACUGAGAUAUAUGUACUAAACAAAGAUGACUUGGAAGUAAUCAACACAGCGAAAUCUGGCGGUAGAAAGGCAAUGAUACGUAAAUUUCUAGAUAUUCUUCGGACUUGUGGUAUAAAUGCAUAUUCUAAAUUCAUCGACUGUUUAAAUAAAUCAGGGUAUGGAGCAGUAGCUGAAACAUUAGUAUCGGAAGAAAAUUUUGUGAGUGAACCAGGACUUAUUCAGGGAAUUGAUUCAAAUAAGACUACAUUACACGUAAACUCAUCCAAGACUACAUUACAAGUAAACUCAUCCAAAAUGAAUCAGCUAACAGAACAAGAUGUACAUCUAAGGAACAAACAGCUGGAAGACGAAGUCUGCGCACUGAGAGAGAAGCUUGAAAAAUUCGAAACACUUGAAAAAAAAAUAAAAAGUUUGGAAGAUGUUAAUUUAAAAGUUCUAGGAACUGAUGGUGAAGAGGCUGAUGUACAAAAUGACGGUGCCGAAGAAUGCAAAGUUAUACAGAAAAUUCCUUUAAUUGAGCAGAAGGGAUUAAUGAUAUCCAAGGAUUGGUCAAAAAUACAGACUAAUAUAAUGUUCUUGAUGGAUGAAUUAGAACCGAAGGACUUAAUAAUGCCCCUCUAUUCUAAAUGUGUUCUCAAUGAGGAGGAUGUUCAAGAACUAGAAGCUGAAUCUAACAAAAGAACGCGUGCUAGAAACAUGUUAUUCAAGUUACGUAGAUGUGGUCCCAAUGCGUAUAAGAAGUUUUUAAAAUGUCUUGAACUAGAAGGUUAUUCACAAGCUAUAAAACAACUGGAACCGCACUCUAUUAAAUACAAGGGUCAUAUUAAAUAUCCUGGACAGACGUAUAUCGAAUUGAUAGAUUAUUCCAAUCCACUUCGUAAAGAAUUUAUUGAUGAAGUAGAAGACAGUAUAGAAGGUUUAUACCCAGAAUCUACUGAGUUAGUCGUCGUAAAACAAUUAAGCAAGGGUUGUGUGCAGGUGACUUUCAGUCUGAUCUCUUUAGAUUCCAACAAGAGUGAAAGUCAACUUCGUCGGAUUUUAGAAUCAGCAGUGAAGUCUGGUUUUAUUGGAAGAAAAAAAGUAUCGUCAGAGGGAUUUUCAUUUGAAAAGGUCGAAGAAGAUGACCCCAAAGAUGAAACAAUGGUACAGACAGAUCAGAGUGACAGAAUAAAAACAGACAUCAAAAAUAAAGUUUAUACCGAUAUUGAAGAAGUGGCUAAACCUCAUAUAUCUGAUACGGAUGAUACAUAUGAUCACUUACUAAUAGAUGAAGAAAGCAAAGGGAUGACAAUUCCAGAUACUGAUGAAGAAAGCAAAGGGAUGACAAUUCCAGAUGAUGUUAAAUAUAGUCAGACAUCUAUACAAAACAAUAUGGCCACCACCAUCACAUCAACAACUCCAUUAUUAAACCAAAGAUUUGUUACACAAGAUGUAAUAACAACUAACUAUAAUAAAACAACCGACAACAAUAAAAUGGACUGGAGAUCAAUAUGUGAAACUUGUCGAUAUGGUACACUUGAUGAUGUCAACACUUUAAUACAUCAAAAUAUCGAUUUAAAUAUUCCUGUCAAUGAUUAUAAUCAGACACCAGUAUUUUAUUGUGUAUUGUCUGACAAACAGCCGGUAGAUAAGAUACAAUUACUCUUCUCUGCUGGUGCCAUGUUACAUGUUAAGGAUCGUUAUGGUCGUAGUUUAUUACACUGGGCGUGUUGUUGGGGUACAAUAGACUGUGUAAAAUAUUUAUUGGAACAAGGACUUGAUAAAAAUGAUAGGAAUGAUUUUAAUAUGACACCAGUAUUUCAUUGUGUAUGGUCUAACAAACAGCCGUUAGAUAAGAUACAAUUACUCUUCGCUGCUGGUGCCAUGUUAGAUGUUAAGAGUGAUGAAGGUAGUUUAUUAGAAUAUGCUCGUCUGUGGGGUAAAAAAGAAUGUGAAUCAUAUUUACGUGAAUUGGGCCUUGAUAAAUAGAAUAUAAAUGUCAAGUGUCGUGAUUAUGGUAGUUUAUUAGACUGGACUCGUCGGUGGCGUAAAUCAAAAUGUGUAUCAUAUUUAUGUUAAAUAGGCCUUGAUAAAUAGAAUAUAAAUAAUCAUACAACAUCUUUAUUUUACUUGUUAAUAAUUCUGUUAGAACUAAAUGAUGAAGAUGUUUUAUUUUGAUGUAAAUUUAAAGAUUUGUUAUAAACCAUUUUCUGUCAAUCAACAACAUUCUGUACACAGCCAUUAAAACUAGUAACACGUCAUUACAAGUUUUUACAACGUCAUUGGUUAUUACGUCACAAGUCAAUAGGUCACGUUAAAUCUAUUUAUAAACAAAUUGAAAGUAGUAUUACCAGGUUGAAUAACAGGAAUAGAAAAUCAACUGAUGUGAUGUUUUGGUGGUCAUCAAAGUCAACUUUAACCCAAUAUUGUUUUAAAUAACAACACAAUGAAUUUUAUUAACCAAGAGAUAUGAUUGGAGAGGAAUAGAAUAAUAUUUGAAAUGAUGUUGAAAGAAUAUAUUUACUAUAGAAGAGCUGCUGUAUUCGAACAUAAACCGUCAUUAAAAGUUGUUUGUGAUUAUUUGAUACUUGAUUGUGUCAAGAGAUAUCCACUAGAAAACUGUCCACUGUGUAAAAAACAUGUUUUAGCUGAAGAUCCUGAGAAUCAAUUUGAAAGGUCGUAAAAAUCAGAUAGAGAGAGUUUAUUGUGGUCAUCUGUUUCAUAAUGGUUGUUUAGAUACGUACAUGAAAACACCUUCAUUUAUAGGAGGUAAAAAAUGUCCUUCCUGUGAUAAACGAAUGAAAAAUGGAAAGUGUCAGCUGAAGUAAUGGAGAAUAGAUGUGCACAUAAACAAGCUAAACAAAGAGAACUAGAAGAAGUUGUAGAUUUCUUUAAAAAAUUGAAAUAAUUUAAAAUAUACCUCUACUUUUGUAGAUAAACAUACCAAAUAUGUAUAUUCCACAAUCUUGGCUUCAAAUUUACAAAAAUAUUUAUUUACAUUGUAUUCAAUGUCUGACAUUUGAGAUAUUGAGGAAUCCUUUACAAACUACAAUAUUGUAAAAAUUGAAUCUCUGGAAGGCGUGUCAGUAUAAAAAUAUUCUGUUGAGUAUUUUACAAAGAUAUGAUAAAUUAAAAACGUGUCAAUAUUCGGAAUCUUCUACAGAUGAUAUAAAUGGGGUAUGAUCAAAAGUCAAGGCCACCUGUAAUCUUCUGUUUUAUCCGACUUGGGAGAUUUUCUAACGUUAAUUUUUCUUUCUUAAAUAUGCAAUAUAUUGUAAUAUAUAGAAUCCGGUCUUUUAUAUAGGCCUAUUGUAAUAUUUGAUAUAAAACUUACAAGUUCUACUUACUUGUUAGCCUCCAUCUUGUGUCACGUCCAUCUUAGCACCGACUUCUCAGAUUGUUACAUAUAUUUCUAUUUGAUCAUUGUUAACACUAGUAUUUCAUCUUGGUUGUUAUAAUAAUCAUGUUUUAUAACCAGAGUCCAGCUAUGUGGUUUUUACUGCGAGAACUUCGCUUUUCCACAUUAAACAGUGGAUGCUUUUUCCCACAGGGUUUUUUUUCAAUCCGCUGCGAUGGCAUCAAACAGCUGGAUCUCCUAUUUUAACUUGUUUUAAUUAUGACAAAGUGAGAAGAUGACCAGCCCUCUCUUCUCUUCUCACGACAGCGAUGUUAAAACUGUGUUUUAAAGUGACUUUUAGAUAUACAAGAACUUUUUAUUAUUUAGUGUUUUUACCUAUUUUCUAUAUAUUACUCAUUCACAUGUAAAUAACUUAAUUAAAUCAACCUGUCCAUAAUAUCGUGCAAUAAACAACAAUGUCCUAAGGGCAGAUAACUGUUCGUUGUAUUAAUAUGUAACCAAGAGAUAAAACCGAAACUUUUUAACAACUAAGGUAUAUUCACAACCUUUUAACUAAUUAGAAAGGUGAGAAUCGUGGCCGUGAUGGAACUUGGUCAUACAUGUUAAUGUUACAAAUGUCAUCAUUAAUCGGCAGAAUAUGCCGCCAUUAUCACCGGGUUAACCAAUGUGCGACGUCAAGGACGUUAAGGGUUUGUGAACGUUAUCUCCCAUAUUUAAUAUAUUAUAGAAUGAUUUACUAACUGUAUUUUAUUGUUAUUCAUGUCAUGACAUAACCUUGAAAUAAAGGAACGGGCAUAUUGAACGUA